AUGGGUUGUUGUUUAAGUAAUCAUAAUUAACAUGAUGCCAUUAUAUAAAAUAUAAUAGAAUAAACGGUUUUUGAAUAGCAGUAAAUCCAAAUAGAAGAAGGACAAUAAGAACGGAUUAGGACGACUUUAAAUUCUGAUUAAGAACUUAUACACAGUGAUGAUUCCAAGAAAUAGUAUAAUGUAAAUACAGAACAUCAUGUAAAGAGUUCAAGCCAUCAUAAACGAGAAUUUGAGAAGGUAGAUGAGAGAAAUUAUUUGUUAAAAGUAGAGUAUAAUGUGAAAAUAAAAUAAUUUAUAGUAGAAUUGAUAAAAUUGGAUACAUCCUCAUUUUACAAAAUAUAGAUAUCAGCAUCAUUUUUGGAUUUCGAAAUUAUGGUGGAUUUGAAGGGAAUUUAAGUGAAUGACAAUCAUUAACAUUUACAAAUAUACCCAUUUACUUAUUCAGAGGCAUCCAGACAUGCAAGAUAUGAUUGCUUUUUUUCAAAUGACAAAUAUUUCAACAUAGAUGAAAGCGAUUUUAAAAAGCAGCACUUUUUCCAAUAAUUAUUAUUAGUAUAAAGACAAGUGCUCAAGAGUCAUCAAAAGUCCACUUCAUCAUAAGAGAAGAGAGUGGUUAAUAGGAGAUGGGCUAUGAUUGCAGACUUAACAUCAGUCCUAAUAAAAUCAUCAAAUAUACCACAGAGAGCUAAAACAGAGGUAAACUAUGAUUUAGUAAAUGAAUUCAUGGAGGUCAUUUAAGUAUUUGACAUUGAAACUAAUCCUAGGUUUCUGAACAUCAUAUUUCAUCUUAUGCUCUAAACCUACUUCCCACAUUUAAGAGAAUAUCUCCUCUUUAUUGAAGAAGUCUAUUUUCUAUUCCAUGAUCUUCCUCAUUUAGAUUGUCCUCAAUAUUAUAAGGUCCUGUUAUUCUACUAAGGGAUGAACUACUCUCUGAAGGAUCUACACAUUCAUUUGGAUUUUGAGUAACUGCAACUAUCAGAUAUAUGUCUUUUAAAACUGGCACUGUGUCUUAUCAAAAUUUUAUACUCUUGUUAUGUAAAAUAUCUUUAUAGAUUGAACUUUACUCUUAGUAAUAUAUACUAUUUCAGAAGAUUGAAAGUAUUUAAAUUGCAGUCAUUUCAAAGAAUAAGUUCACUUAUUCCAUUUUAAGCUGAUGUUGAAUCAUCAGUGAAUUGCAUUAGUGAAUCUAAAAUGAUAUCCUUUAGAAAAUGUUAUCUUAAGGAUUAUUUUGCCAUUUGUGACAUCAUAUUAUUAUUUAAGAAUCCUAGAGGUUAAAAUUAAAGAACUAUAAGUAAAUUAAGAAAGAAGAAGCCUUAAACAGAAACAGAUGUUAAAUAUAAAGAUUAUCUAUUAUAUGCUGAUUCCAUAUUUGAUGAGGUUGAGGAUAGAGUCAUUCUAGAUUUCAUUAAAAUAGGUCUCAAUAGAUCGCUUUUAGGAAAUGAUUUCAAUAUUGAAUAAGCUUUAGAGGAUUUGAAAAGCAAUAUCACUUAAAUGGAAUGUCUUAUUUUGAGUUUGGAGUAAUUGUAGAAAUAAAAAAGGAAGGAUGAACAUAUUUUGAAUUACAAAAAUAAUAAUGAAUACUAGGAUGUCAUUGAUUUAUCUUCUAAUAGUGAAGAAGAAGAAGAUUAGGAUAAUGUAUUGAAGCAUUUUGAUUUGGAAUUAGAUAUUGAAAAUUUGACAAUGAAACAAAUGGAUAACAAAGAAAAUGAAGAUGCAAAAAUAAGAGAAUAGCUAAAAAAUGAGAUGAAUUAUUCAUCACUAUUAAUGAAUCAUUAUUUCUUAAAGAAUUGUGACAAUUUUUUGAAAAAAGAAGAAUAAUAUUCCAUAGAUAAAGUCUAAGCUUUAAUAUAUUUGGCUUAGGCUAAAUCUUAAGAAAUUCUAGAUGAAAAUGUCAGGAAAAAUCAAUUUUAAAAAUAUCUUGAAGCAGCUAUUUAUUAGGUGUAAAAGUAAGAUGAUAAAACAAUGUCUACAUCACACUUUUUAGUUCUAAUUUAGUUGCUUUAAUAUUCUUCCAGAAAGCCUUAAGUUGUAUUACUUCGUCUCUUGUAAUUAAGCUAACAAUAGUCAUAAAAGAAAUUUCUAAUGCGACGUAAAAUAAAGAAGGCCAUACAUUCAUAAACUGGAUUGAUUGAGAUGAGAAAGCAUGUUAUAAUUCAACUAGCUAAUGUAGAACAUUGUUUGGCUAAUUCAAGAUUGAAUGAGGCUAAUUCUAUGAUAUUCUCUAUUAUUGAUAUCCAAAUGAAAAGGAACUUACUUUCUACUUUACUUUUCGGUUAUUCAUUGUAUAUUUAUGGUAUCAUUUGUCAAGAGACCAUCUAAAUUUAAUCAGCCAUGAUAACAUUUUAGAUGAGUAAAACUAUUUACGAUAGUUUUUUCCCAAUGGAGAAAUGGAUAGAAAUUAAAGAAAAAUAAUAAGAAGACAAUUUAUACAAAAAACCAAUCAAAGAGGCAAAACAAAAGGAUGAACCUGAAAAUCCUUAAAAAGUCCUAAUAAAUUUUCAUAAUAUGGCCACAUACAACCUUUCUAAAUUGGCUUAUAACUUAGGUGUUGUAUUUUGUUAAUUAAACGAUCCAGAAAAUGCAUUAAAAGCUCUCUAAAAAGCCAUUGAGUACAGAAAACUAAUACAUGAUGAAUUUUCAGAUGAAGUCAUAGAAAUUGUUUUAAUAAUUUUUAAGAUCUACAUUGAAAAUGAAGAAUCCUCAUAAGUAUUGAAAUUAGGUUGGCUUUAUGCUAGAAAAAUAAAUUAAUUAUACAGAGAUAAUAAAUUAUAAUGUUUGCAUAAUAAAAAUUUUGCAUAAUUAGAAUUCCUACUUGCAGGAGUGUUUUAAAAUUGCAAUUCCUAUUUUAGUGCUCUAAGAUUUUACUCAAGAGCUAGUAAAGCUUACACAGUUUCAAGGACAUAAACUUUUAAUAGGAUGUACUUUGUUCAAUAGUAAAGAAAAUUGAUUAUGACCUAUAUUAAGGAUUAUCAAUUGCAUAAUGAUCGAAUGUAAUCAUAAGAAUUUUAUUAUUAAACUAAAGUAAGAAGCAUUUAUGAUAAAAUGAAACCAUUUUUUGAAUAAGUUUACUUUGUGUCUUCAAUUUUAUAUAUGGAUAAUUCAUUAAACUAAUUGACUGGUACAAAGUUGUUGCAUUCGAAUGGUUUUUUGAAGAAUAAUGAUUAUCAAUUGGCAUCAUAAAGAUAUUAAGAAAUUCAUAAAUAAUAUUCUUAAAUAUAAAAGGAUGAAUGUUAUGGUCAUAAUAUCGAGAAAAUUGGUGAAAUAUUUUUAGAAAAUGGAUAAUUGGAUAAAGCAAAAAUACAAUUUGAAUUUGCUAUUGGUAUCUAUGAGAAAUAUUUGUUUUUUCCAUAUAAAGAAUAUUGUUAAAUGCGUUGUCAUUUAUACAUAAUCUGUAUUCUAGCAAUUUAAAAGUAAUCCGAAAAUUUGAUUAAAUAUUUUAAUUUGGUUGAAACAUUUAUACUGGACUGUUAGUAAUUUAUGAAAUGGAGUAUCAUAGCUGAGGAGAGAAAAUAUAAUAAAUUUUAAUUGUUAUCUAAAAAGGCAGGUGUUAAAAUCUUGUAUUAAUUAGUAGAACUUAUGGAUCUAAUAGAUAAAUUUAGAAAUGUAAGGAAACGAUGGUUUAAGAAGAUUCAAGAUUUAGAUUACAUAAAUUAAAGAGGAUAAAAGAUGAGGAAAAGAAUGAAGGUGCAUCGAUCAGAAAAUAAAUUAUUAGCUGAAUUUCGUAAGUCUUGUUUACUUGGGAAUCAUGUAUCAAUACGAAUAAGAAAAUACGAAGAGUAGAUUAAAGUAUCUUUAGAUGAUUUACAAAAAUUGUAAGAAAAGAGAUUACAAGAAAUGUUGAAAGUGCAACCAACUAAUUAAAAUGAUGAUUAGAGAGUUGUUGAGUAAUCAAUUCUUAUAUAAAAACCAUCAUAAGAAUAAGAUCAGAUUCCUUAGUAAACUACUAGAAGCAAGAAGUCUAAAUUCUUUAUUUUAGACAUUGAUGAAAAUACAAAAAAGAAAAAGAAAUAGAAGUAAAUCAAUGAAGAAGUUCAAAAAAUAGAAAGUUCUUAAUAAACGUCAUCUAGAAAUAUAGAUUUGGCUUCAAGUACAUUAGAAUCAUAAAGAACUCAACCUACAAGUGAAAGAGCUCUUAAAUGUUAUAAAUCAAAGAGCUCAACAAAAGCCAAUAUUAUUCAAAAUGUCUAAGACAAAAACAACAUAAGUUAAAGAGGUACUUCAUAAAAAAGUUGCAGAUUAAAUCCAUUUUAGAAAGUGAGUAAAAAAUAAAUUUGA